AUGGGAAGAAAGCUGCGACACAUUCUGAUUUUUCUUCUCAUCAUCCUGAAGGAGCCCAACAUGCCAAAAGGUGAUGAUAUCUGUGCACCAUCCUCACGAGGCAGAUGCCCCAACCUGGGCCUCACCAAGAUUCCUAAGAACCUUCCAACAUCUAUCUACCAGUUAGAUUUAAAAGGUAACCAGAUAACUAGUAUUCAGUCUGGUGUGUUCUCAAAUCUGCCCAAGCUCACCAGUUUGUUACUGAAUUCCAACAAUAUAACCAGCAUUCAGGCUAACAUAUUCUCACAUCUAACAAAGCUAGAAAAUUUGGACCUGAACUCAAACAGCAUAAACACAAUUCAACUUGGCACAUUCUCAAACCUCCCAAAUCUUUCCUGCUUGAAUCUUACCUCCAACCAAAUUUCAUGUAUUCCGGUUGGCGCAUUCACAAAUCUACCAAAGCUCAAAUCUUUGUACCUGAACUCUAACAAGAUAACCAGCAUUCAUGCUGGCGUAUUUUCAAAUCUACCUCAGCUUCGACGAUUGUACCUGAACGCCAACCAAAUAUCCAGCAUUCGUGUUGGCGUAUUUUCAAAUCUACGUCAGCUUCAACGAUUGUACCUGAACGCCAACCAAAUAUCCAGCAUUCAUGUUGGCGUAUUUUCAAAUCUACGUCAGCUUCGACGAUUGUACCUUAACGCCAACCAAAUAUCCGGCAUUCAAGUUGGCACUUUCCAGAAUCUCCCAAAACUUUUGUCCUUGAAUCUUAACUCCAACAAAAUAACCAGCAUUCAGGUUGGUGCAUUCUCAAAUAUGCCCCAGAUCAAUACGUUAGAACUUGCAUCCAACCAAAUAUCAAGCGUCCAUGUUGGCGCAUUCUCGAAUCUACCCAUGCUCAGCCGCUUAAACCUUGCAUCCAACCAAAUAUCAAGCAUUCAGGUUGGCACAUUCUCAAUUCUGGCUAAUCUCUGGACCUUGUUACUGAACUCCAACAACAUCACCAGCAUUGAGCUCAGGUGUUGA